AUGUGGAACGCCGUGACAUCGAUGCUGGGCAUAGGAAGCCGAAGUGAGGAUCCUCGAGGCGAAUGUCCGCCUCCAAUGUCACUCCACAGCGCAAACAUUGCCGCAGAGCGCUCGUGCGUUCGUCUGCGCAGUCGCGGAUGGCUGGACCGAGAAAACGAAGUGUACGUGUCGGUGCCCACGGACAUUUCUGGUCAAUGUAACGUCAUUUUCUUCCCCGGGGAUGUCCAAGACUACAAAGCUGCCAUGCUGUCCGGCCCUUUUGCAGACUAUUGUGACUACGCGUACGAAGCUGUGGCAGAUUUGCUGAGUACAAAGUUUGGCCCUGCGAGCAAUGUGUGGGUGGUGAGGCCCAGUCGCUUCAAACAUGGCGCAUACAGCAGCUUUGACAACUUUGUGACCUCGAACGAGUAUGGCGCAGCUCUACGGUACGAACCAACGGCGUGUGCUACCAAACACUUGGCAUCACUGAUGCAUAACACUCAGGCGGCGUUGAGACGACAAGGAGUGAACGUGUCGACCGCCGUCCCGAUGCACCUGCUGGGCUUCAGCAAGGGCGGUAUUGUUCUGAACCAACUCGUGACAGAACUCGUGCGAUGCUCGCUCAAUAAGAAGCGAUCGUUCAGUGGCCAGCUUCAACAGGGAUCUGCCUUCGCGAGCACGCGACAAUUCUUCUCCAAUAUCAACUCGAUCCAUUGGCUGGACCCCGGCAACGGAUCGCUUCAAGGUGCAAUGCCGACGGGCGACGGAUGCCUUUCUGUGCUCGCGCAAUACGAGCAGCUGAGGUUGUUCGUGCAUGUGACGCCGUACCAGUACGAGGCUCGAACGCGACCAUGGAUAAAAGCCGAGGUGAACAGUUUCGUGAACAAGAUGAACCUCCAUGGCGCGGACGUUCAGCUUAUCAUCUACAAUGAGAGCGGGGAAGGUUCAUUAGCUUCCCAUUUCCGCAUCCUCGUAUACUUCGAAGCCAGCCGAUCGAUGAGGGCAAAGGGGGAGGCAGUCACAAACUCACCAGAGCAUGCCGUGCAACCUGUUCGGAUUCAGGUGUGCAAAUAA